AUGGGUGUAUCAAGAGUAAACAACUUCCGUUCCACGUACAGUACUAUAUUCUAACCUAUACCUAUGUUAAGCGACACACGAGUAAAUGCUGUUUGCUGCCCGGUACUUUAAAACCCCCUCACUCAGCUUCACCCACUUUCCCAAAUCUCCGUCCCCGCUUCGCCUCUUUCCCCUUUUCUGCCGCUGCCCCGUUUUUCUUUCCCGCGUUUUUGUUGCCCUUUCCCAGCCCCGCUACCAGAACGGCCGGCUCGACACCGGAGCUUUCCUAUUGGUGGCUUGAGAUGCCUCCUGUGCUCUGAUUGGCUGUGCGCCUCUCGGCUAGCGCUAGGGCGAGGGGAUAGAGCGGGAAGGCGCGCGGAGGGGCGCGUGCUGCGAAAGCUGCGCUGCUGGCUGCUAGCUUGGCGCAAGGUGAGCUGGAGGAGCAGGCGCCGCUUGAAAAGCAUCCUUCGCGUGAGGCAUCUUCUGCAAAGAGGCGUGCAGCGUCUUCCUCUCGUAUCCCAGGGCCGAGUCUGCAAAGGGGCAGAGGGAGGCUGGGGGCAUAAAGUGGGGAAGGAGUUGGCUCCCCUAAAGCAGAGCAAUGUCUGGGGGGAAAGGCGGUGAAAUGUAGUGGAGAAACGGGCGGGGCAGGUAGAGGGAUUGUAGAUAUUUUUCAACAGCAGCGCCGUGGUUGGAGAGACAGCAGAUUCCCCAACUCCCCUGAAGUCAGUUGGGAAAGUGGAUUUUUAAAAAUAAUGGAAAGGCUGGUUUGAGACAGCAACGAACUAGUUGAAAUUUGCUGUCAUUAUUCUGUCUAUGUGAACUGCAGCUCUCCAGGGUUUCAGAAAAAUUCCCAGUGCCCGCUGGGCAAGACCAGGAAUCCUGGGAGCUUUUGAAGUAAGGCAGGUGGUCUGCUACCACUGAGCUACAGCCUUCCCCAAAUCUUAAAAACACUUUUCUUCUAAAUACCAGUUUACUCAGAUGUAAGUCUGUAUUUGAAAAAUGUCACAGUGGGUUUAAAUGUGCUCUUGAAAAUACCAAGUGGGAGGGAUCAAUCCUGUGGUCACUCAGUGUCAACUGAGUUAACUAUAUAUUGCUGUGGAGGAGAAUAAGAAAUCCACUGACAUAAUUAACAGGUGAUACCAGACUGCUAUGUAAAUAUCAAGAGCCUUUCCACUCAAGAUUUGCAGAACUUGGCAGGAGUCUGCAGCACUGUUUGUUUAAUUCAAAAUAUCAAAAAUGAAUUAUUUGCUUCUGUUGUACAAAAUCUCUAAGUGCUGUUUGGAGCACAGUCCUUAUUCCUUUCUAUAUAUAUUUCCAGAACUAAAUAUUUCCAGAACUAAAGGAAGGAAUAAGCCAUGAGUCACACCUCAGUUACAGCUGGUUUUAUCCUAGGAUCUCAGUAGAAUUGGAGGGAUGUAAUAUAUGCUCUGUGUUGCAAAAAGGGUCUGUGCAAGCCUCUUGCACUGUUCUUGAAUGCAAAAUAAAUGUGCACUCCAAGCCCAAGCAUAUUUAUUUGGAACUAUGUAAGUCCCACUGAAUCCAGUCACAUGUCCAGUCAGACAUAAGCAUGCAGAAUUUCAGCCUUAAAGGAUCUGGUAGAGAUUUGUCAAGAGGAUGUCUGGCUAAAACAGUGGACCUAUUACUUGUGGGUAAUAGGGUAACUAUUUUCUUCCUGACCACAAUUCUGUUUCUUCAACAGCAGCUUGACAUACAUUGUGAAAGCACACAACGGUUUUCUUAUCAGUUUACCUCUGGCCCGCCCCUGGUGUUUCCUGAACCAAUUUGAUGUAGUGGUUAAGAAUGCCAGACUAAUUACAAAUCCCUGUGCAGGCAUGUUGCUAACUUGUAAGUGUAAUUUACUUCUCUGAAACAGCAGCUAGGUUGGUAAAGCUGUGCUGGCUGAAUUUCGUCAGGUAGAGUUUUGUGUGACUGCUCUGCAAAAAUAUUAAAAAUUAAUGAACAUAAAAAAUUAGGUAUUGCCUCUUCUACUCCCAGACUUGUUGGUUUUCAGUAUAUGUACAGUGGUACCUCGGGUUACAGACGCUUCAGGUUACAGACUCCACUAACCCAGAAAUAGUACCUCGGGUUAAAAACUUUGCUUCAGGAUGAGAACAGAAAUCAUGCUCUGGCAGCAGGAGGUCCCAUUAGCUAAAGUAAUACCUCAGAUUAAGAACAGUUUCAGGUUAAAAACGGACCUCCAGAACGAAUUAAGUUCUUAACCUGAGGUACCACUGUAAAAGAUUGUGUUGUUGUCGUUUUCCCCAUAGGUGAACUCCACCUGCAGGCUGACAUGGUGAAAUGCAGACAUACAAGUUUGCCACCUUAUCUACUGUUUUUAAUAACUGGGCUUCUGUGCUGGGAAAAGUGUCAUCUGCUAAAUUUCUUUGUGUCGGGUUUUUCUCAGAGGACAUGACCAGGGCCUAGGAACGCUAAUGGAUAACAAGGACUCAGAGCUGUCUUUAAGGCUUAACAGAGGCUAGCAAGAGACAAUUGGUUUGGUCAACCCAAGUUAAAAUGACAGCCUGACCUAGGUCACUUCCAGAUUGAGCAUUAAUCUUCAUUUGUUUUUACAGGUUUGCAGGGGGCUAUUUAUCAAGCAUUUGUUCUGAUUUGUUGUGGGGAGGUUAUACAACAUCCCACACUUUCCAGUGCAUUUACAAUUUCCUUGUCACAAAAGUCCAGUUGUGAGAGGAAAACAGGUUUGUUGCACAAGAGCUCGAAAUCAUUUAAUUACACAACCUGAAUUUUCUGGUUUGAAAAUGCUUUGAAAUGGGCUGCUUUAAAAAUAAAAUCCACAUUUUGUCUUGAGAUGCAUUCCUAUUUUGGGGUUUACUUCGGAUACUCUUUGCACUUCCUAUUGUAUUUUAUUUUUCUGGCUGGGUCUUCUUUUCUUUAUUACAUGGAUAUAGAUUACCUACAGUGACUUUCUGAUCAUUUUAGCACUUAGCAGGCAUUAACAAGGUAAGGGGUGCUGGGGCUCAUGUUGCUUAAAAUCAGUUUGCUUUGUUGCACUCGCCACUGCUGAUAUUAAGCUGUUUUUUAAGCAGUGGAAUGACAUUGUCUUACAGCUUUUGAUGGAGACAUCUGGAAAUUGUAGCACCCCAUAUGCUAGAGUGACUUCUAAGUAUCGUACACAUCUGCAGGAUCCAAAGUCGCAAGGGGGCAAAAGACGGUUGUCUCAGGCACGCAACAGAGCUACCUUGGCAGGACUUUUCAACAACCUACGAGAAACAGUAUAUUCUCAGCAAGAUAACUCCACAUCAAAGGUAUAGAAAUAAUUCGGAAUCAGCACCUAUGGGCCCAUCUGCACUAUUUUUAAAACACUGUUGUUCCUCUUUAAACAGUCAUGGCUUUCCUCAAGGACUCUUGGGAACUAGUUUGUUCCCAGGAGUGCUGUGAAUUGUUAGGAGACUCCAGUUCUCCUCAUAGAACUACAAUUUCUGGGAAGAGAGGCUCUGAGAAUUAUAGCUCUUGGAGGAGAAUGUUGGCUUCUGAAUCCAUCUUUUCUUUAUGUGUUUUGAGGAAUACAACAAAGGGUCGAAACAAUCUGCAUGAAAGGCCAUGCAUUUCCUGACGUGGUGGAUAUUUAUUUACUGUGCUGUCUUCCUUUGCUUUUCAUAAUUCAUUGUACAGUAUUUGAAGUCUUCAAAUGGAUGUUUAGCCAGCAACAAGAAGACGAUCAGAAAAAUCUAAGGCAUAUUAAAAUGUUAAUCUGUUCAGAACACAGCUAGAUUGGGCCUGUUCUCUGUUUUUGUUUAGUGUCAGGUUUUAUGCAAGGCUAAGAAUUAUAUCCAGGAGCUGGAGAAAACCUUGGAAAACUUGCUGAAGAUGAAAGGUAUCGUACCAGCGCCAUGAGACCUCGUUUAAAUAUGAAAAACCUUUUCCCUGACUUUUUCAGUAGGAAAAUGUACUAGGCAGACAUGACUAAAGAGGUAAACUGUCCCUGCAGAUGGCUGAGGUUCUUGUUCCUUCUGACAUACCAUCCUGAGACUGGUUCUUCUUACAAAUAGUAGGUGAGGUGGUAAACCUAUGUCUUCAGCUAGGGAUGUUGGAGAAUUCUAAUGGAAACAGAAGCAGAAAUUGCCACCGUUUGUGCUUUUGUCCCAAAGUGGAGAACAGAAAUCAAUCCAGCAAUUACAAUUGGUAUUCACUUCUUUUUAGUCUGCAACUGAUACCUAAUUAAUGACCUAAUUUUAAACAUUGUUCUGACUUUUCCUUUACAUUGAAAUGAAUGGCCUAGGAAGGAGUCCAUCAUUAAUUAUUUCAUGCCAGGGUCUCAUUCUAGCUCACACCUCCUGCCCCCUGAAAUUUAUGAUGGGGGAGGAGCUUGCACUCAAAGAUGAACUAUGUGAUUAAGUCAUAUGUAUUCUGUCCCUCAGUGUGUUUCAGUAAAUACAGAAGGCAUGCUAGAUUUGGACUGGAGAGACCUCAAUUUUAAUCUUUGCUCAGGCUUGAAGAUUACAAAUUAUCCUUUGGUGAUGUCACUUUUCCCCCAGGCUAUCUUGCCUCUUCCUUUCCCCCCCAUCUGACCCACUGUUGUCUACUCUGACUGGCAGUGGCUCUCCGGAGGCUUGGGCAGAGUUCCUUUCUCAUCCCCUGUGCUACCUGCUCCUUUCAUGCUGGGGACUGAGCCUUCUGCAUGGCCCCUUCCAAAAUAAAGUUGCGGGAUUUUUCUGUGAUCCCUCAUAGGCCCUGUCUUCUCUGGCUUGCUAACUUGAUUGUAUUUCCUUCUGGAAUUUACAGUUCUAGUGCUUAUUUCGUUUUACUCUGCUUUCCCCUUGGUUUUUACAUUGUGAUAUAUAGUGUGUUUUUUUAUUGUAAGGUGUUUUGAGCAUAAAAAAAGGAUGAGGAUUUAAAAUAUAUAUACCAGUAUCUUGUUGGUAGCUUAUGAAGCCAUUUACCCCCAUCAUUUCCUUGAAAUGGGCCUGGUGUGAGAGAGCUUCAAGGUGUGCCACUUUGUUGAUGGGUGCUCAUUCUUCUGGCAACAGAGGUUUUAAAUCUGGAGGAUGGCCAUCCAUCGAGUUUGGAGGAAGUAAAGGAAGAAUAUGUCAAAAUGUACUUCAACAAUCACAGGUAAGUCACCGAAAAAUAUAGAUGUACUGAAUUUGUCCCCUUUAAGCAACUCAAAAAACUUUUUUGCAAGCUUCAGGAGGAUAAACUGCUUCUGCCUUGUGAGUUGUGUAUGUACACACAGUUUCAGGCUAUAGAAACAAACAAGAAGCAAAAUUAUUGCAGAGCAGGCUGAGUCAACCCUUAAAAGCAACUCAUUUUGUAGCAUCUUAUCAGUCCCAGACCCAAACUCCUCUUACAUUUGCUUCUCUCUGCCAAUGUAGUCCUUUUCUUAACAUGAUUUGGAUAGCCUGGCAAGUUAUUUGGAAAAAAAGUACCUGCUCAUAAUAAAAGCUUUUGUCUAAUUAGGUUUUACUCAGAGCAGACCUAUUGAAGUUAACAAACUAAAAUUGGCUAGGGUGAUUCAUUUCAGUGGGUCCGCUGUGACUGGAUAAAAUCCACAGCCAGUCAAUCUCUCAUCCCCUAAAUUAUUUCUAGCUUUCCUUUUCUUGCUUCUAGUGCUGCUGCAUCCCCUCCUUCAAAUUCUGCGAGUCAGAGUGGCGCUACUGUCUGGUACGUGAUUCAGGAACACGAAAAGACCUCAGUAGGGGAGGAUGUGACUCUGAGGCUGACACAGUCGCCAGCUGCCUCUUCUCCUGACCUUAUGGAGUUUGAGCGGUAUGUGAAGCUUUUCCAUUGUUUCUCCCUUUGGAACAACCCACCGGCUAACGUUACAGAGGACGGAAUUUUCUGAGUCCUUGCCUGAGUCCUUGCCUGAUACAAGAAAGACACCAAUAGCUGCAGGAUAGGGUGAUUGCUGUGGGUCUGACUUCUCUCUUCAUAGGACUCCCUAACGAGAGAAACUGUACCCUGUGGAAAUUCUGCUGGAGUGAUUGGUUACCUUUGUAUAGGGGGAAUUAUUGGGUUGUCUUUGUUUUUAUUAUGUAUUUUGCAUUUUUUAUAUUGUCAUUGUUAUAUUUUAUGUUGUUAGCCACCCUGAGAUCUAUAGGUAUAGGGCGGUAUACAAAUUUAAUUAAUAAUAAUGGUAAUAAUAUAGUCCCUGACACUUUUGCUCUGGUAUACGUAACAUAGGAAGGCCACAGGAAAGCAGCUCCAUUUGUCACUGAGCUUUGCAGCUUUUAAAAAAUUCUUUUCCCCUGUGAAUAGAGGAAAUGUUUGCUCACAUCUGUCAUAGCCAACAGAAUAGCUUAAAUGGCUUGAGCACUGUAGAACACACCCACCAACCCAUAUAGAUAUAUCCAUCCCAUACAAGCUUGGGAUAAUGUUUUGUUGAUACAAAUGACAAGCUAAGACCUAGCUUGAUGCACAUUUGUGAUGACUUAUCUUCUAUUGCUGCUUUUUUAAGUAUUAUAUGCCCACCACAUAACAUAAUGUUAUAAUUCUGCACUAUAAUUCUGCAAUUCUCUUUUGAGGGUGAGGCUGAAAUAGAGGUAUCAGUCCAGCUUGGCCAGCAGGUGGCGCAAGCCUGCUUCUCUCAUACACUUUAUUGCUGCCUUUUCUAAGUAACAGAUACUGAGUUCUUUGACUGUCCGCAAAAGUUCUAGCCAGCAAAAUAAGUACUUAACUCCUCACAAAACCUAUACAACUCCUUUUGUGGUUUCUGCUCCCUCCCUCCCCACCUUCAGUGAUACUCCUUAGGGCAAGUCUGACCAGGUCUGUCACGACAACAGUGAAUAACUGGCUGUUGCUGUGCAAUAAUAGGGCAAGCACGUGUGUCCUCUUUACAUCACUGAUUCUCCUCCAGUAAUUGGUUCUUUUAUCAGAUGUGGCACAGUUGUGACCUUCCCUUUUAGUGGUUGGAUAGCUCAGCUGGUAGAGCAUGAGAAACUUAAUCUGUGGGUCAUGAGUUCGAGCCCCACGUUGUGUGAAAGAUUCCUGCAUUCCUGGGGGUUGGACUAGAUGACCCUCGGGGUCCCUUCCAACUAUGGGUCUAUGUACUAUGGCUAGAUAGUUGGGCAACACAAGAAAUCAACUCAUUCUCUCCCCCCCAUCCACCCACCUACCCUAAAUCAUAAUUUAGGGAAACUUCCAGUGAGUUAACAAGCAUAAUAGACUACUGAAUAGGAUGACAUGUUUAACACAGCUGAAAACAAGACCAUAUAUGUUCAGUCACCAGGAGAAAUGCAGGGUGAUUCCCUGGCUUGAUACUUUGGUGUACAAAGAGAAGGGCCCAUUGCUCUGUUGGUGGUUCACUUGUGCAUGCAGAACGUCUGUCCCAGGCUCAGACCUUGGUUAACUCCAUUUAAAAGAAGAAGAAAAGGGUUCAGGUAGCAGGAAAGAGCACUCUCUGCUUGAUCCUCCUGGAAAUCUAUUAACCGUUAGAACAGACAAUAAUCUGAUCUGGGACGAGGCAGCUUCCUAAACUGUGCCACCUUCUUAUGGCUGCUACUGAAUAUAUGAGUCACAAAAGGGACCAGCCAGUUGGUCUCUGCGCUAUUGGAUGCUAUCCAGACCACAUUCUGAAAGCUGUCUCCUUUCCUCUCUUAUCUAGAUACUUACAUUUUUACAAACAGACAGUAGACCUGCUGGUAGAUAAUGGGGUUGUGAGCCCCGAAGACGUUACUCUUCCUGUGGUGUCCACAGCCGUUUCCCACCUGUGGCAGGGCCUCCCUGAAGAGAGGAGGGACGGUGUCCUGCAGUACUGUAAUCAGAGGCAGAAUUUCAUCACUGAGGUCAAGAUGGCUUCCCAAGAGCCUCCUUGUACUGAGGGCAGUGUGAGGGACAGCGGAGCUAGUCAGGAAGCCAGCGGUUCGCUAGUGUCCACACCAGAGGAGGUGAGAAAGAAUCACUCUUAAGGUAGGAUUCAAGCUUCAGAGUUCUAACCAGGACUGGCUCUAAGGUUGAAGUGGCCCUGGGCAAAGCACCUUUUGGUAGCACCAUCCUCCACCUGUAGCCUCUGCAAGAAGCAGGGCCUCCCUCUGACAGCAGGUAGUAGUGCCUUAACCAGUGUUCUCUAAAAAAGGCAGGCAGCUGAUCCAACUGACUGUUUUAUUUCUCUGCGUGGGAUUUAUAGCCAGUCUUGUACCAUAAUGUCCCAGGGCAUUGCUUAUCAAUGAAACAACAAUCACACCAGGUCCGCCUUACCCAUAGGGGUGCCAGGGCGCCAGUUUCUGGAGGGUGCCAGGUGAGAGUCCGGGGAACACCGAAUGAGUGAGCGAGGGUGCGUGCACUGCUCCCGCUGAGCAUCAGCUCGUUUUUUCCCCUUUUAGCCUGCAGGCGCCGAAUUCUGCGGGGGGGCCAGAAGGCUAAAAGGGGGAAAACUGAGCCAAUGCUUGGCGGGAGUGGCGCAACGCACACGCGGCGCAGGUCUGUGCGCUUGGUGUGCUGCCUGCUGUGGCCACUGUGGCACGAAGCGAGUGGCCAGCUGAGCCAGAAGGUGCCGCGUCCAGCCCUAAAAAAAGGUCAACAACUCUGGGAAAGGCGGGGGCGCCAGAGGGAUCUUUGCACCAUGGUGCCGGAUAUGCUUAAGACGGCCCUGAAUCACACAAUACAUAAGUAAAUAGUCAAUAAAAUAAACAGUGUCAAAACAGUACCAAAGCAGGCAAUAAACAAUUUCAGGCGAAUGGCUUGUUAAAAUCCUCAACCCACUCCCAAAUGCUGGAGCACAGUGCCUCCAAAGAAGGAUCAGUCUAGCAAAUCACUUUCGGUGUUUUACUGACACCGUUUUUAUUGUUCUCUUUUGUUGCUUUUUUCAUUCUAUGUAUCGCCCUGCUAUGACAGGCAGUUUUACAAAUAAUAAAUAAAUGAAUACAUUGUGGUAAAUUAAAAUUAUGGCUUGACUGGGGUGCUCAAUGCUACAGGGAGCGUUUGACUUGGAUUAAUAAAUAAAUAAAUUGGAUGAAACAGAAAUCCGGGAGGACAGGCAUCAGCCGUGGGCCCUGAUGGGGUGUCAAGAGAUUCUAGGUUCUGACACUUGCCCUGGCUCCUAAUCUUCAAGAAUGCUGGCACACACCCCAAAAGUGUAGGGCAGGUGUAAUGACCUAUUUUAAAAUCACUAGGAUAAAUUAUAAACUCAGAAGGCAGGGCAGGUCCUGAGAAUAAAUGGCAGGAGUCAUUAGACGGGUGAGGAAAAAUUACAGGUAAGGCAGCACCUGUUUCCAACAAAAGCUGUAAACCUGAGGUUCUCAGCUAAAGUGACCAUCUUGAAAUGAAGGAAGAAAAAUGUUUGAGCCCCUCCAGACAUAAACAGCACAGUGACUGGGCAGGCAGGCAAAACUCACUCAUGGAGAAGGGUAAAGAGGUCAGCAAUCAAAGCAAGCAGUAGCAUCAGCCCCAUGUAAUUUGAAUGGGUGGGUGGGUUUACAUAUAGAAAUUUUAUGAAAUAAAUGAAUAAAAUAACAAUGUAUAACAAUCAACAAGAGACCCAUGUAUUAGGAAAAAUACAAAAGAUUGCAGAAUUAAAUUUCGACAAGGUUGAGCUGCCAAUAUGAAUAAUUAAGGUUAAUAUUUAUAUCAGGGGUUGGCAGUGUGCAGCCCAUGGGCCAGAUGUGGCCCACAAAGACCGUUUUACCAGCCCACAAGCCGCCCCUGAACUGAACCGCCCACUCGGUGAGUCCCCCAUGCGCUGUGCUAAACCGAUGCAGUGCGGGAACUCGCCAAGUGGUGCCCAUAAUUGCGUCUGCGCAUGUCUAGACUCCAAAAAUCGCUUCUGUGCAGGCGUGAUUUCCGGCAUCACGCUGCGCCAGUCCAGCCCACGGACGAUCUCUGUGGGAGUGAUCCGGCCCAUGGCCGGUAAACCUUGCCAACCCCUGAUUUAUAUGAAUGAAAUGAAUACCAUAUGUGUGUGUGUGUAUCUCUAUGCUUCCAUACAGUAAAUGUACAAAUUCCGUGCAAAGGUACAGUUCAUGAGACUUUGUGAUGUUACUAGCCAAUCUACCAAUCAUAUUCCUCAUAUUUUAUCUAUUGGCAUGAUUUCAACCAUCACGGCUAACCAACUAGUUCAGGAAUGAUGGGAGUUGGAGUCCGUCAACAUCUGGAGGGCCACAGGUUCCCCACCCCUCCUCGCCUUCACACUUGAGGAAUCUUGGUUACAACUAGGCUAAAACAGAAACAUAAAACACAGAUACAAUUCACAUGCUGCAGAUACAUUCACUGUGUUAUAGAAAGGUGGUUUAAACCCAGUUAUGUGCACACAGCCGAGUUGGAUCUGGAAUUCAGAUGAUGCAGUUUAGCACAAUGCUAGAAAAGGAUGGAGCUACCAGCACAAUCCCUACCUUUCAUUGAAGCUGUUGUGAAUAACUGACCCAGAUUCAAGGGUUACAGAGAAUUAAAAAGUGACGCUCACAGUGAAACUAGCUGGCUUCUGUCCCACACUUUUUAUUAAUUAUGGCCAACUCUUAUAAAACCAGGAAACAAAACACGACCUACCCUAAUAAUAGCCUGUGUUUUUUAAGAGAUAAAAACUAGAUUUUUAAAGAGAUGAUUGACACUAAAAGCUUUAUUGCUCAUGAGUUCCAAGUUCCUUCCUUCCAUGUUUGUCCAUCUGCAUUCCUUUGUCAUGCAGGAUUAUGAGGUGUGUGUUUUUGUUAGAUAUAGUGCUUCGCAGAAUACCUUCCUAUGUUGUUGUUGUUGUGAGUGGCAUAGUGUUCAAACAAGACACUAACACCAUAUCUAGCUGAGAGCUAGUAUCCAAAAUGCCAUCUCUCUCUUUUUUUAGAUCCUCUUUGAAGAUGCAUUCGAUGUGGCAACUAGCUUCCUGGAUAGAAAUGAAACCCAAGAAAUGUCCAGCCAAAGGUAAUAGGCUCAGUUCUGUGGACUGCCAAGAUCAUGGGUCGGCAAACUAAGGCCCGGGGGGCGGAUCCGGCCCAGUUGCCUUCUGGAUCCAGCCCAGGAAUUGCUGCGUGAAUUGGUGUGGGUAUUCUGAUUGUUCAGGCUGUGCCAUUACCCCCCCCACACACACACCGCCGCGGCUCCUCCUCCCUCCCUCCUCCUGGUUCAUCCCUGCCCUGCCUAGAGGAGGAAGGGGAUGGGCUUUGUUGAGCCGCAGUUGGCUGAGCUCCAUUUUAAGCAGCCCCUCUCCAGAGCCAGCCCUUUCACGCCACCCAUCAUCCUGCCUCCACCAGCUCCUGCCGCUUGCAAGGCACAGGUAAGCAGCCACUGGGGCUUGUCCGGUGCUGUGGAGAAGGGAGGGUAGAGUCGGGGUGUUCCCAAAAUAUAGUCCGGCCCCCCACAAGGUCUGAGGGACAGUGGACCGGCCCCCUGCGGAAAAAGUUUGCUGACCCCUGGCCAAGAUCAUAGCAUAAAUCACUAUUUCACUCCACGACCACCACCUCUCCUUAACAAAGCUUUGUAGGUUGGUGGAAAACCUUCCUUUUUAAAGGCGGCUCUGGAUUAUAAAUGGUUGUUUUAUUGAAAUGGUUAGUAGCUGUCUCUGUAUAUCAUCCUAUUGCUGCUGUAUUCUGGGAUGUCUUUUCUUUUUGGCUGCUGUUUUAGUGUUAUUUUUAAGUGAUGUUUUAAAAAUGCUAGCUCAUGGCUUUAUUUCUGUUGUUAGCUGCCAACCUCUAAUAGGGAAACGCACAAUACAAAUGUUUUAAAUGAAUGAAUGAAUGGUUGGGCGAGAGAGAGAACCCUAUUUUGUUAGCGCCUGAAGCAUUAGUUGGUGUGACUGGCCAAUUUAUUCAUUAGUUAGAAACUGAAACAUUUCCUGAUCAUCCAUUGUGUAAAUAUAUAGUUAGCUCUGCUGCUAAUGAUUAUGUAUGGAUGUGGAUUGUGUUAGUAAGGUAGACUCCCUUUAAUUGGCAUGACAGCAGAAACACAAGGUAGGUUUCUGUAGGUUAUACUUCCCACUAUGACACCUAACGGGACGCGGGUGGCGCUCUGGGUUAAACCACUGAGCCUAGGACUUGCCAAUCAGGUCCCUGCUCCUGCCAACUAGCAGUUUGAAAGCACGUCAAAGUGCAAGUAGAUAAAUAGGUACCACUCUAGAAGCAGCUUAGUCAUGCUGGCCAAAUGACCCGGAAGCUGUAAAGCCAGUAAAGCGAUAUGAGCGCCACAACCCCAGAGUCAGCCACAACUGGACCUAAUGGUCAGGGGUCCCUUUGCCUUUACUUAUGACACCUAACAGUUGGUGAUCAUCAAAUUCAGUGUCCAUGUUGAAAGGGAACCAUUGAUUUUUCUUAAUUUUCCCUUUCCUUCUCCAGGGUAGAUAGAGGUCUCACUAUAAUCUCUUCUUCUGUUUGUAGCUCAGCAUUCACAGGCUGUACUUCAGAAAGCCAAGAGGAUUACCAUCACCUCUACCUGCAGAUCAUCAGCUUCUUGAAGAGCCUGUUUUUUGCUAACACACAACCAUCCCAGGUAGGACUUUGCAAAGUGCUUGUUAUAAGGCUGCCCACCCCACCUCCACACCCCAAAUAUAAACUUGCAGGUAAUGUUAGGACCGCCCGUUGUGUUCACUGCAAGUAGGUUAAAUUAAUGCACCAUUUGAAGGCCUUUUUCAGAAUGUCUUGCAUAUAUUUCAAAGCUAAUUGGGUGCAACAGCAAUUUUCACUUCACGUUUGCCUGUUUGUCUUUCAGGCAGUCUUUCAAUUGAAACAUGAGGGUAUACCUAACUGCUCUUGGCGAUUCAGGUCGUGGGUGAACAGGGCUUUCACAGGGGCAGGUGCCCUAUUACAGAACUACUAUCCCCAGGGUGCAGCAUUUGCCUGUAGAGUGCUUGUUGUUGUGGAAGUCCAAACUGUCUGUGUUUGAUACAUCGACAGCAGACUCAUAUAAUCUGGAUGUAGAUCUUCUAUACAGUAUAGCCCUAACAGCAGCAUCUAUGCACAAGAGAGUUCAUUUAAGACUGAGCCUGCUGAUGAAGGAAAACAGAAAAGGGGGAAGGGAGAAUAGAACAGAGAAUCCUGAAGAGGAGCACCACUGGCUGGUACUCUAAGCAGUUGCACUGUAUACACUAUAACAUUUUGUGUCCUUGCUGUGAAUCCUUCUUUUCUAUCUGGCUUAAUGCAGCAGGAACCAAAGAGGAGGCAGAAGCCAGAAGCCAGCACCAGCUUUGCAAGGAUUCUUCCAAGUGCCCCAGGGAGAAGCAGCAGCUUGGGGGUGCAGGAAGUAGUGGGACAGACUAUUCAUAAGGCUGAGAAGGAAAGAGAAAAGAAGCUGUGAGCAGCAAAUGCCCUGUGCAGUGAGAUUAAUGAUUAUGGGUCUCUAGCUGUUUUUGGACUACAACUCCCAUCACCCGUAGCUAGCAGGACCAGCGGUUGGGGAUGAUGGGAUUUAUAGUCCAAAAACAGCUGGAGUCCCAAGUUUGAAAAGCCCUGGAUUAGAGCAUAGAAGCAGUACAGAUGGAUGAUAAAAGCCAUUUCCUCUGGACAGGAGAUCCUGGGAGCUGUAGUUUUGUAAAGGGGGCCUGGGUAUCCUGAGUAAAUCUCAGCACCCUCACCAGACUAAAAUUAUAUGACUCAUCUGCAGGCUGAUGAUGACUAAGACUGUCCAUCCCAGUCCAACUCAUUCAUAACAGUAGAAGAGAGAUAACUGCAAAGUUUAAUUGGGCAGGAAUAGCAGGUUUCUAGUUGAGAGAUGAUGGGCUGAACAGGAAGAAGUAGGAGGACUUGUUUACUUUUUUUAAAAAAGAAACAGUGGCACCCAGUUUCUUUUUUACAUAACUGCAGGAGAAUACGCAUCAAUGAAGAGAAAUGUGCAGCUAGGAUAACUGGUUUCAGCCACAGCUUUUGUCCUUGCUUAACGCCAUAUCCAUUAAAUGCUUCACAUUAUCCCUAGAGACCAGGAUGAGGUGUCAACACAAAGUUCUUCAGGGCUGGGCACAUGCAUUAAAGUCUGUGACACUAUUAUCUCUGAACAAUAUAAGAAGGGCUGCUUGUAAUGAUACUGCGUGUAUCCUAUAUUUACAACAGCAACAAAUCACACAGUUUUCCAUCAGUGUGGAGCAGGUAGAGAAGGCCCAACUGCAAUGAUCAAAAGACUUAGAACCACUUUUUGUUUUUAAGAAAGUGGCUGGAACUCUAGAAUGUUGAAAUGUGGCUGUCAUGAUGUGGCACAGUGAUGAAACUUUACAGAACUAUGAAUCGUAGAGGGAGAGCAAACAGAGUAAAAAAUACUCGUUCUCAAAAUACUAGAACUUGGGGCCAUUCACCAAAAUUGCUUUAGCACCCAUUGCUUAGGCAUUCCAUGUCUGGAGUUAGUAUGGUUCAGAUUAACCAGGUUUGGCUAUUUCUGUUGUACUUUGCUGGGUUAAAUGGACAUUUGCUCUUAUCCUUCAAGGCAGUUUGAACUGCAUCCAUUUUCUUCCUUUCUGUUUUUGUGGCACCCUUUCCACUUUUGAAAGGAAAAGGUAUUGUUCCGUUUAAAGCAAGAAAUGGCUAGCAGAGCUCUUGUUCUUUCUCCUUGUGUGCAUGCCCAGCUAACUUAACUCGGCUAACAUUUGCUUCACCUCCCCAAAGCUGCCAUGUGUGGGUUGGGUAGAAGUGAAGUAAUGACAGGUGUGCCCAUCAAAAUCAACAAUUAUAAACGUUUUGCUGAGUGGCAGACUUUGAGCUGCUUCAUCCAACGAAUCAGCUUGUCCCAGAGCUCACUUUUUAAAUUAAAUAACGGGAACAUUUAAACUUCAUUGGUAUGUGGGAAGGGGGAACCCCGCCGGAAGUGAGUAACUAGAUUUUGCUAGGAUAGGGAUGGGAGAUCUGCAGACCUUCCAAUGUUAUUGGACACCCAGCUUCCAUCAGCUUGUCAGGGCUGGAGCCUGACCACAUCUGGAGGGCCCCAAGCCAGCUACCCCUGUUCUAGAGAAAGAAUAUUUAUUUACCUGUUUUGCUAAUGCCAUUCACUGCUAAUAAGAACUUUAUCCCUCUCCCCCUGCGUAUGUUUGACAGGAAGAGGUUCUCCAGCUGGAUUAUGAGACUGUGAUGCUGAGAUGCACAGAGACAUUUGAUGACGAAGAUUUGUAA